AAGAGUACAAACUACAAACGUUUUCCGUCGUCCCCUUUCCUUCUUUAUUUCCUUUCUCCUCCUUUUUCUCUCUUCAAUCCAUUUCUCUCUCUCCCCCCAAAACACGCUCCGAUGCACACACAUUGCCUAAUCCAAUGCUGUUGCACUUACUAACAUGAGCAAGUGGCGAGGUGUCUCCACUUACUUCCAACGGUUAUGAAUCCCACUUCUGCAGACCCCACAGCGCCGCCUCCGCAGCCGCCGCAGCCUCCGCGAUCCUCCUUUAGCUGCGACCGCCACCCCCACGAGCACUUCACCGGAUUCUGCCCAUCUUGUCUCUGUGAGCGCCUCACCACUCUAGAUCACUCCUCCUCUAAUACUCCUUCCUCUUCUCGCCGACCCUCCUCCGCCUCUGCUGCUGCCGCAGCAGCUAUCAAAUCCCUCUUCUCCUCUACCUCAAAGCCCAACACCUUCCCCCCUCCACCACCACUUCCCAAACCCUCCAAGCCCGCUUCUUUUUUCCCCGAACUACGUCGUACCAAGUCCUUUUCUGCUUCCAAGAACGAAGCUUUUGGCCUAUGUUUUGAGCCCCAGAGAAAAUCCUGCGAUGUUAGGGUGAGGAAUACUCUUUGGUCCCUCUUUUCACUCGAUGACGAGAAUAAAACUGGUGCUACUAGUAAUAAACCCUCCUCUUCUGCCCCUUCCUCCUCUCAUCAAAACCACCAAAAUAGCAAAAUCGAAUCUUGUGUCGCCAAUAAGCCCGUUUUUGAGGAAACAGAAAAUGAGGAGGAUUUUAGAGACCCUGAUAAUGUAGAGGAUGACAUUGUUGUGUGUGACGAUGAUGGUGACGGAGGCGAAAUAAGGCCCGUUCGAGAUUCUCAUUUGGAGAAUCUGAGAAAUGCGGUUGAAGUUGAGGUGAAUAGUGGCGAGAUUGUAGAAGAAGAGGUGGUGAGUGUUAGUAGCUUGAAGCCUAUGAAGGACCACAUUGAUCUUGAUGCCCAGGAGAAGAAGAGUUCGGGAGGGGGGUUUUGGGCUGCGGCAUCAGUUUUUAGCAAAAAAUGGCACAAGUGGAGGCGGAAGCAGAAGAUGAAGAAGCAGAACAAUGGUGACAAGUUCGCUGCAUUGCCUGUGGAGAAGCCACUAUCGAGGCAGUAUAGGGAGACUCAGUCUGAGAUUGCUGAUUAUGGGUUUGGGAGGAGGUCUUGUGACACCGAUCCAAGGUUUUCACUUGAUGCUGGAAGAAUCAGCUUUGACGAUCCGAGAUAUUCUUUUGAUGAGCCUCGAGCUUCUUGGGAUGGUUAUUUGAUAGGGAGAAGUUUCCCAAGAAUGGCGCCUAUGGUUUCUGUAAUGGAGGAUGCCCCAGCCGUGCACGUCUCUCGCUCUGAUAUGCAAAUUCCAGUGGAGGAACCAACUAGUAACUGUGCUAACGAGGGCGAGGGUGUGCCUGGAGGCACAACACAGACUAGGGAGUACUAUUCAGAUUCUUCUUCAAGGAGGAGGAAGAGUCUUGAUAGGUCUAGUUCAAUUAGAAAGACUGCAGCUGCUGUGGUGGCCGAGAUUGAUGAGCUAAAGAUGGUGUCUAAUGCAAAGGUUUCACCCACAACUGCAGAUUAUUUUCAUGGGGCAAAAGUGAUGGUGGGGGAACGAGACUUGAGGGAUUCAAGUUCACAUUCUUUGCGGGAUGAUUGUUCUGAGACUUUUGAGUUGGGUAAUGGAUUUAGGGAUAGUAGCAGUUCUGUGAUAGGGAAUGGAGAGAGAAAGGAGCCUAAAAAGUCUAGGAGGUGGAGUUGGAGAAUAUGGGGUUUUAUACAGCGGCGGAAUGGUGGGAACAAAGAUGAGGAUGAGGAGGAAAAAUACAGUAGAGUAAAUGGGGUAGAGAGGUCAUUAUCUGAGUCUUGGCAGGACUUGAGGAGAGAAGCAAAUGGAGAUGUAAGAGGUGGAAUUAACAGAAGUAUGCUGCGAAGCAACAGCAGUGUGAGCUGGAGAAAUGCCAAUCACAUUGGGGGAUCAUUUGGGAGUAUGAGGAAAUCAGGCGUUGAAAUGAAUGGGCAUGGGAAGAAGAAAAGGGAUGAUUUUGUGUUGGAGAAGAAUCGGAGCGCACGGUACUCUCCUAACCAUGUCGACAAUGGACUCCUGCGGUUCUACUUGACGCCAAUGAGGAGCAGCCGGAGAGGGGGCCUGGGUAAAAUCAAGCCCAAUAACUCGCACUCGAUAGCAAGAAGUGUCCUGAGGCUGUAUUGAGAUCAAGGUCCUCUAGUUGUUUCUUUUGAUUAAACGUUAAGUUUGCUGCAUUUGUUGUGUAAUCACAUCUGCCAACCCGACCUUGUCGUUCGCAAUGCAUUUGAAUCUUCGGUCUGGAUAUUGUUAUGAGUAUCUUAAUAAUGAGAAAAUCUGAUGUUUCUGUGUC